GAGGUGGCCCAAAAGGAAAUAUAAUUUCAACCUAAAACCCAAAAAAUUAUAAAUUGCAAUUCUAUAUCUAGAAUCAUCAUAUCACUUGGAAUUUGUAAGCAAAUUUGGGCCAAAACAAUUGGGGAAGACCAAAAGCAAAUAACAAUUUAGGGCUCCGAUAUCUAGAAGAAUCACUUUCCUCUAAAUAUACCCAACACCUCCAACAUCGCCGUUCGACGCCAAACUCGCCAACCCUCCUCCUCAGCUAAGGCAAUGGCUCCAAAACAGCCCAACUCCGGUCUCUUUGUGGGUUUGAACAAAGGGCAUAUCGUUACCAAGAAGGAACUGGCACCUCGCCCUUCUGAAAGAAAAGGGAAAACCAGCAAACGGGUACAUUUUGUUAGAAGUCUCAUUAGGGAGGUGGCUGGUUUUGCUCCUUAUGAGAAGCGAAUCACCGAGCUUCUUAAGGUCGGCAAAGACAAGCGCGCCCUGAAAGUGGCUAAGAGAAAGUUGGGUACCCACAAGAGGGCAAAGAAGAAGCGCGAGGAGAUGUCAUCUGCUCUUCGAAAGAUGAGGGCUGCUGGAGGUGGAGAGAAGAAGAAGUAGACUACUGUAGUAAGUGAUUAGCAGAGAUGUCUUCAGCUUAUUGGUUUUGUUAAAUUUAACAUUUGUUUCUUGGUAAGUUUGAGUUUUUCAUGCGAAUUGGUAACUUCAUUUACAGUUCCCUAUUUCUGAAGGCGGCCUAGUUUGUGUUGGUUAUUCUUCCUAGCCAAAAAUAUGAUGGCUUGUUUCCUUA